CUUAAAGCCACAGCGCGCCGCCCCCGGGCCCAGGGCGGCGGGACGCGGGCUGUGAGGCUCGGCCCCGCCCGGGGAGGGGGCACGGACCCCGUGGACCCCAGCCUGCGCCGGCCGGGGCCUUCCCGGCCGCGGGGUCCCCUCCGGCGCCACUGUUUCCGCGCUGGGGAGGGUCUCCGCGCCCAUCCCGCGGCCCCUGAGGCUCCCGGAGCCAAGGUCAUCGGGGGGGGCUGGAGGCCCCCGGCCCGCGCCCUCAACCGCCGCCCCGCACAGUGCAGUGCGGGCCCAGCCUGCACCCCCCCCCCCCGGGUGGGGGUCGAGGAGCCGACGCCCCUGUCCCCGCUCCCAGGGGCUUCGGCUGCUGCUCCGGCUCAGCCUGCGGCUCCCGGGGGAGGGAGGGGCGGCUGCCGCCGGGCCAGGCCCCCAAGACCCGCUCACACUUGCCGGCGAGCUGGGCCGAGGAGCUUGGGGAGGGGGCACCCGCGCUGUUUGACCUUGAGCCCAUCCGGUUCCUGCCACCGGGCCUGACGUGCAACGGACCGAUCGCAGGGUUUCGAGCCCCGGCCCAGCCCCUCCACCCCUCUGCUGCCCCUGAUGAGACCAUGGGCCCUGGUGGUGACUAGGAGGCCAUUCUCCUUCCUGUAGGCCAGCCCCAGGAGAGCCGCCCCAGUCGCCACAGCUGCCCCUAGAGGAGCGCCGAGCCUCGGCUCCUGCCGGCGGGAGCCCCGAAUGCUGCGCCCAGCCUCCCAGCAGAGCCCGUUCAUGGUCGAUCUCCACGAGCAGGUGCACCAGGGACCCGUCCCCCUGUCCUACACGGUCACCACCGUGACCACCCAGGGCUUCCCCCUGCCCGCAGGCCAGCACAUCCCCGGCUGCAGCGCCCAGCAGCUCCCAGCAUGCUCCGUGAUGUUCAGCGGGCAGCACUACCCCCUCUGCUGCCUCCCGCCCCCGCUGCUCCAGGCCUGCACCGUGCGGCAGCUCCCGGUGCCCUAUCACUACCCGCCCCUGCUGGCCGGUGACCGCUACGUCCUGCACCCCGCGCCGGCCCACAUGGCGCCGCUCGGCCAGUUCGUGUCGCUGCAGACGCAGCACCCGAGGAUGCCCCUGCAGCGGCUGGACAGUGAUGUGGACCUGCGGGGUGAGCAGCACGCCCUGGGGAGCUUCAGCUACCCUGCCUCGGCCCCUGGCCCCACGCUGUCGCCCUCGGUGCCCCUGCACUACCUGCCGCCCGAGCCCCUGCACACCGAGCUGCCCUUCGGAGUGCCCUACUCGCACAUGGUACCUCGCAGACUGGGUGCCCAGAGGUAUCACCGCCUGCAGCCGCCGCCGCCCCCGCCACCCCCCUACUACCCCAGCUUCCUGCCCUACUUCCUCUCCAUGCUGCCCAUGUCGCCCACGGCGGUGGGGCCCACCAUCAGCCUGGACCUGGAUGUGGACGACGUGGAGAUGGAGAACUAUGAGGCCCUGCUGAACCUGGCGGAGCGGCUGGGCGAUGCCAAGCCCCGAGGCCUGACCAGGGCCGACAUCGAGCAACUUCCCUCCUACCGCUUCAACCCCGACAGCCGCCAGUCGGAGCAGACACUGUGCGUUGUCUGCUUCAGUGACUUCGAGGCGCGCCAGCUGCUGCGAGUUCUUCCCUGCAACCACGAGUUCCACACCAAGUGUGUGGACAAGUGGCUCAAGGCCAACCGGACGUGUCCCAUCUGCCGCGCAGAUGCUUCCGAGGUGCCCAGGGAGGCUGAGUGAGGCCUCAGCGGCACAGGAGAACCCCGCCCAGAGCUCUGGAAUUGGGGGGGGCAGGGCUGGCGGGCAGGGCGGGGUAGCCCAGGCCUGCCCUCCUCCCCCACCUGCGUCUCCAGAGCUGGUGCCCCUGCAAUAAGCCCCCGCGUUUGCCAAGCUCCAAAGACUCUUGUCCUGCAUCUGCCCUGCGCCCUCCUCCCUCCUCUCCCUGCCAGGGCGUCCCUACCUGGGGCCCCUGCAGGAGCUCGUGGGCAGAGGGUGGGCGCCGGCCUGGGUCACCCGCCCUGUGCGCACAUGGGUGCCCUCUGCCCAGGGGGUACCAGCAUGGGUUGGCCUAUUGUGACCCCACCUGAGCUAUGGAGGAGGGGAGGACACGAUUCAGCCCCCUCCCUCUCUGGGGCUGGAGGACCCCAGCGUCCUUGUCGUUUGCAUGAACCUGUGAGGAACAACAGUUUUUGUUUCUUCAUUUGGCCCCAAAUCACGUGUGGGAUUGGGGGGGGUGUGUGGAUUUUUUAAACAAUCUGUCUCUUGGUUUCUCGGACUGGGACCAAGUGGGGCCAGGUGCCCAGACCAGGUGGGGGGCGCUGUGCCAGCCGAUUACUGCCAUGCUCUGUACUGCACAUGCCCGCCCACCCGGGAGCCUCGGGUGGGGUGUGGACCCCACUUCCGGGGCGGGCCCUCGCAGCCUGAGCCCCGCCCCACCCCCAGGGCUGGCUGAGCUCUGGGUCCGCUUCCUUGUCCCCCACCCCCACCCCUCACUCCCCAGGCUGGGGCCACUGCCUCGAACGAACCGCGUGUGGGGCCGGCACAUCCUAGCAGGCAGCCCCCGGCGCCUGCUGCCUCAGGGAUGCUCCAACCACCCUCGUUCCGCAGCGCCCCGCUCCCCGCACCCACCCCACCCCACCCCCGCCGCGGGACCCCAUCAGCCUGGCCCCUCCCCGUGGACAACCCAAAGUCUUACUGUACAUAACUCCAGGUGAUCUUUCUAUAUUUAUAGCAGUGUUGAGACCCCUCGUGUUUUACAGAGACCCGCCCCCUCCUGUCCAUCAAUCACCCCAAGCCGACGCUGGUUUUCCAGACCCUUCCAGUCCAGGGGCAGAAGGGGCCGGCAACACCCAACAGCUGGCAGGGGUGGGGGACAAGAUUUUAAAAAUCAUUAAAAAAAAUUUCUCCAGCGAUUACUUAGGAUGUCUGUGAUUGGCCGACCUUGCUCUGGAUGCCAUGUUGCCCAUGAAGCCCCGGGUGGCACUCGGGGUUCGCUGUCGCAGCUGCACGUGUGCGUGCGUCUAUGUACAUGAUCUCGGGGCCCUGUUCCUUGCACAUUUUACAGUUACCUCAUUUUUCCCAUGUAUGUAUUUGAGAAAAUGCUAAUAUAUAGAGAAACAAAAAAGGUUCUUAAAGCUUAAAUGUGUGGUUUUUUCCAUCCCAUUGGAUUCACAUUGGUUUGUGGCAUUUAACAUGACUAGUCUGUUGUACUAUAUAUGUGUAUACUGAUUGAAAUUUUUAACAGAUUUGUACUUUUUUUAAAAUGAAAGUUGCUAGUUCUGCUUGACCAAGUAGUGCAAUCAUUAUUUUUUUUAAUAUCGUUGCUGAUUUCAGAGGGAUAUUCACUAAUAAAUGUCUAUGUAUAUCAAGUA